AUGCACGAAAGCGUAGCGACUCUCGAUCCUUCUUCUGGGACAGAUUCGAGAAAUCCUAGUCGAGCACCAAGUGUACCUCGAAGGGAGGAGACGGGCAAUUCAGAAAAAGCUGGGAGAGUGUGGGCCAGAGGAGUAGACGAUCCUUGGCACCCGUGCAUUCUUACACUCGAUGGAGGUGGUAUCCGCGGCUACAGCAGCCUGUUGAUCUUGCAAGCUUUGAUGCGCGAAAUCGCCGAGUGGGAAGCAUAUUACGACAACAUCGAAACGAUUAAUGUUCGGUCGGAUAGCCCGACGUCUUACUUUAGUGCCGAGGAACAGACCGGCGCUGGUGCAGCGCGUGGACGUGCAGGGAAGAUCGUCGUUGAGACUACAGAACAUCAUCCCGAGCACCCACUGCAUCGAGUCACGACGGAGGUACCUUUGACGCAGACCAUUGCAGCGGACGAGGUGGAGACAAUGCCGUCGAAUACAGCCGAUGGAUUGCUAGACACGACUGCUGAAGAGGGCGAACCACCACAGAAAGGACCAGAGUCCAAAAGUACCAGCCAUCAUGCCGAUGACUUGCUUCCUUGCCAUUAUUUCGACUUCAUGUAUGGCACGUCGACCGGCGGACUCAUCGCUACGAUACUUGGCAGGCUUCGCAUGACUGUUCCCGAAGCCUUGGAGCUUUACCGCAAGGUUGGAAAUGACCUGUUUGGAGUCCGGCGAAGUCGCGUUCCGCUUCGAACAAAGUACUACCACGAGCCGCUCGAGAAGGCUGUGCGAGAAAUUGUCAAGAGACGAUGCAAGGACCAUCCCGACUGCGAUGGCAACGACCUCCAUCCGUGGGAUUCCACGCAAGCUACGUUCGACGUAGACUCGCCUCGUGUCUGUCACUCUUGCUGCCUAACGGCGACGCACGACCAAAGCCUGUGUGAAGCACACCUCUUGCGAUCCUAUCCGCAUUACUACAGCGAUGCCUGCCCCAACUGGAUUACACGUUACAACGAGGGAGCAGACGCUCUCCCUAUCUGGCAGGUGACGAGAGCAACGACGGCAGCUCCAUUCUACUUUGAGAUGCUGAAAGCCGUGGUCAACGACGUCGAGAUGUCUUUCAAAGAUGGUGGUAUCAGGGAGAACAACCCCAGUGGUGCGGCAAUCAGCGAAUUUCACGCCCUAUACGAAGGACGUGCAGCAUCUCCUGCGAUACUUCUCAGCGUUGGAACCGGACGACCAAGCCAGAUCCACGAUGGUUUUGCUGCACCUUGGCCGACGACUAUUGGACGAUUCCCGCUUGUGAGCAAGUUCUUGGAGAAGCGUGCAGUCGUGCAGAACCUUUUGAUCAAGUACACUGAAGGAGAGAAGCAGCACAAGCAGACACGGGAGCAUGCAAAAGGAGAACAUACCUGGUACAAACGCCUGAAUGUGUCCAAAGGAUUCGAAGACAUGCCUCUGGACCACUGGGAAGAAGGAUUGUGGACCGAUCCAGUGACGGGGAAAGAGACACGCAUCAAUGGUGGUACGAGCUUGACCAAGAUGGAAGAGGCUGUCGAGGAAGAGCUCAAUCGGCCAUUCAAUCCGGAAAUCGACUCUUAUGCGCCCCCAAGCACCAUGUUAAAACAGGCAGCGCAGAAGUUGGUCCUACAGCGCCGUGCACGCGAGGCUGAGGGCGGUCCCAGAUGGGAGGUCUAUGUGGGAGGUCACAGGCCACACUCCAACCCAGCAGAUUGA